UGGGCCUCGGGGCUGGCCUGAGCACCGCAUCCGCGAUGAGGCCCGGGAAGGUCUCCUUCCUGGGUCCUGAGGCUGUCUCUGUGCUGGGCUCUGGCCUGGGCCUCAGCGCUGGCCCCAGCUCUGGCUGCAGCCCUGACCCUCGCCCCCUUUCUAAUCCCAGCCCCAAGCCCCAGUCUGGCUCCGGAUCCUCCCCCAGCCCCGAUCCUGUUGAAUCUCCUGACCCUAAGCGUGGUCACGAUGCUGACCCCGACCUUGUGCUCAGCCCUGACCGUGAAUCAGACGCCAGCCCCGAUCCUGAGCCCAGCCCUGACCCCCACCCCGAGUCUCAGCCUGACCCCUGCUCUUCCAUCGGCGACACUGUCAGCCUAGCUCUCUCUACUGGCCAGAGUCCCGAGUGGGUCCAGGAGCAGGGGGCACUGCUGGGGCCUGAUGGCUGAAGGGGGCAUCGCAGGGUGUCCCGGGGCCUGGGAAAGUUGUGUGUUGUGCACUUAGUAAAACCCUCCCACUGCCUUCA